AUGGUCGAUACAUUGUUGAUUCCAGGACCUAUUGUAUUGAGUGCAAAUGUGCAAAAGGCACUGGGUACUCCUUCACUAGCCCAUACAUCGCCAGAGUUCCUUACUGUCUUCUCAAGGGUUUUACAAAACACUAGAAAAGUGUUCAGAGCCGAUCCUAAGAAAGGUCAGCCAUAUGUCCUACCAGGGUCUGGUACUCUGGGCUGGGAUAUUGCUGCAUCAAAUUUAAUUUGCCCCAAUGAAAAAGCAUUGGUAUUAUCAACUGGGUUCUUUAGCGAUUCAUUUGCCGAGUGUUUGAAAUUGUACGGUGCUGAUGUGGAUAAAUUAGAUGCACCUAUUGGUGGUAUAGUAGAUCCAUCUGAAGUUGAAUCUCACUUGCAAAAAAAUAAGUACAGAUUGAUUACCAUUACUCACGUGGAUACUUCCACUGCGGUCUUGACCGACGUUAAGAAGAUUACGGAAAUUGUGCAUCGUGUUUCUCCAGAAACCUUUAUUAUUGUCGAUGGUGUUUGUUCUAUCGGCUGCGAAGAAUUCGAAUUUGAAAAAUGGGGGAUCGAUUUUGCCCUAACUGCAUCUCAAAAGGCUUUAGGUGCGCCACCAGGUUUGAGUGUAUCUAUGAUCAGUCAAAGGGCCUUGGACUUUGCUCAACAUCCUGAAACACCAACUAGAUCGUUCUUUGGCAGCUUGAAAAGAUGGUCACCAGUUAUGCAGAAUAACGAGUCCGGUAAGGCUGCCUAUUUUGCAACCCCUGCUGUACAAUUGGUAAACAGUUUGGAUGUUUCCUUAGAUGAAAUUUUACAAGAUACCCUAGAGAAAAGAUGGGAGCAACACAAGAAAACAAGCGAUUGGUUUAAAGGUAAAUUGACCAAUGAAUUAAACCUCAAAUUGGUCAGUGAGCCUCAGGCAUCCGCAAGCGGUCUCACCGCGGUGUACGUCAACGAACCUCCAAAGGUUGUGUCCUAUUUGAAGCAGAACGGGGUUGUCAUUGCAGGUGGUAUUCACAGUGAAAUUGGUGGCAAGUACAUUCGUGUAGGACACAUGGGUGUUUCGGUAGUCGAUCCAAAAUUAGAUCAUAUUCCAAGAGCAUACGAGUUGAUCAAGGAAGCAAUGCAUUAA